AUGCUGAGGCAGCGAGCCAGUCUUAUCUCGCUCGAGACCAUUGAUCCGAGCAUCACACCAUACCACGACGACUGGGAGUAUGACGUGCCACCGCUCGAGGACAGCGACGAGCCAGCCGAGGUUGAACCCUCACUGUGUUCACGAUGCCAGAGCUUCGAUAUCCAGUCAUUCACUCAGAGCAAGAGGAAAGGCUAUCUGUUGAAAGAUGUUGAAGCAGCUGCAGCUGAAGGCUGUCAGUUUUGCAUCCUUUUGUUGGAUGCGGUGAAGGAUACGGAGAAGCCGGACUACUUUUACAGCAAUGCGUUCAUGGGCAGGACGACCCUGAAUCCGGAUCUAUAUGUUCAUAUGACUAUUUCUGAAAGUUAUAAAGAUGUGAAAGAGGUUGAGAUAUCGCAUGGGUUGCGCGCUAAUCGCUUGUUGAUUGAGCUUGGGGAUCGGUUCAGUGGCAUGAGGAAUUCGUCGAGUCACGAGAUAUGCAUCACAGCAGAUCCCCAAAGUGCAGCAGCUAUGAGUGGAGAUGUCCUCGGGCGGUACAUUGGUGGUGAUCCAUCAUCAGCGUCACACUACGAGACUGCCCAGAAAUGGCUUCAAGAAUGUACUUCUCACUCCAAGUGCAACGAUACCGUGUCGGGGUCUAUCAAUAUCAAUCCCUACGAUGCUCCGCUUCCGACUCGGUUAAUUGAAAUUGUUCGAGAGGGCGACAGCCAACGACUAUAUCUGCGCCAUACGGACGGACUAACUGGCGCUUACAUUACUCUUACCCAUCGCUGGAACGAGUUUACAGGCAGAUGUAUCACCACGACUUCUAACAUUGAGGCUCGUUUGCUUGGGGAAGAUUUCGGAGAGUUGCCGCAGCUAUUCCGUGACGCGUUUGUUAUUGCGGAAAAGCUGGGGAUUAAUUUCAUCUGGAUCGACUCAAGUUGCAUCAUCCAACAAGGGGACAACUAUGUUGACUGGCGCCAUGAAGCACCAAAAAUGGCUCAGUAUUACCAAUUCUCAGUGUUCACACUCGCGGGCACAGCAGAAGAUAUGACUAAUGGACUGCUUCGACCAUAUGCAAAGGACGCAAUACCAUGGUCUUCAAAGCUCGUUCGCUUACCAUAUCGAGACAAGGGAAGGGCGGUGGCAGGUCAUUUCUAUUGUUACAGACGACGAGUUCCAGUGGUAGAAGAAUACGUGGACCAAGUGUGGUCAAGUAUUCUGUUUCGUCGAGGCUGGAUCCUGCAAGAGUGGCUAUUGAGUAAGCGAUUGCUCUGGUACACUCCUCACGGGCUGUUCUUCGAGUGUCAAGAGGAGUUACCACGGUCGUAUGAUCAAUCUCAGCUCACAUUCGCGCGAGCAAGUUCUGAUCUUCAAGCAUACUUGAGGAUAAAAGCAUCAUUCCAUUUCUCGAAUAUUGAUAUAUUGAGCUUUUGGUAUCCAGUUCUGGAAGUGUAUUCUGGGCAACAUCUCACCAAACCUGAGUUGGAUCGUAUCCUAGCGGUAGCGGGUUUAGCGAAAGAAGUUGGGUCGAUCCUGGCAAAUCCAGGCCGUCUUCCGAGCUUGGAGAAUGAGAAGCAGAAUGAGGUUUAUGUGGCUGGAUUGUGGCUUCGUGAUAUCCAUCACGGCUUGCUUUGGGAGGAAAAUCACACUGCCAAACUCUGGACAGAGAAAGUCAAGGAGGCGCCGUCUUGGUCCUGGGCAUCACUUCUGACCGUCGUACAUUGGCCAGCAAGGAGUGGAGGGACGAAACCGAGCUGCGCCAUUACUGGAUUGUGCUUUGAGCGUAAAGGACGGCAUGACAUCCCUGAUCAUCUCGUCAUCGAUGGCUGUAGACUUCGACCUUACAUUGAAAUGAUCGAGAGACCGACUUUCGAUCCAACGAACAUGUUUUCAUGUCUCCACGUCCGAGGAAAGUUGCACACCGUCCAUGUUCGAGGAUAUCUCGAGACGGAAGACAAUCUGAAGAAUGCUGCACUGUCAACUAGCUACUCCCCAGUUCCGAAAUCCUGCAAGUGGCGUGCAAUUUGUUCUGCCUUUCGGCCAGAUGUCAUUGCAGGAUGGGGAUCUCUUGAACAGCUUGAGCCACACCCAACAGCUUGUGCCGAUUAUGGAAUCGCCGUGUAUGCUUUGCAUGUAUCGACGAGAUACUUGACCCAUGGGCUGUGGAUCAAGACGUCUUUGCCCGUGAUUGAUGUUUUGUUUGUGGAGGAGGUAGACGCUGGAUCUAUUUCUUUUCGGCGACUUGGUGUGGGGAGGAUCGCGGAUAGGCAGCUGAUUGCCGAAUUUGAAGCCGCCGAGGAGCGUGAUUUCCACCUAGUGUAG